UCCUUCCUCCUUCCCCUGCCAGUCCGCUUGCCUUCCUCCCUAUCUUCCCGGCCCGGCCUCCCCCUCCUUCCCCCGCCGGCCCCCUCCCCGCAGGGAUAAUAUGGUCUCCGGCGAUGGACUCCCCAAGUGCAGGAUACACCUUUGAGUACCUUAUUGAAACAUUAAGUGGCAAUUCACAUAAGAAGUUCUUCAAUGUACCUAAACUUGGAGGCACCAAAUAUGAUAUUCUGCCUUAUUCAAUACGGGUCCUGUUGGAAGCUGCUGUACGAAAUUGUGAUGGGUUUUUAAUUAAAAAGGAAGAUGUUAUGAACAUUUUGGACUGGAAAACCAAACAAAGCAAUGUCGAAGUGCCCUUUUUCCCUGCCCGUGUUGUUCUUCAAGAUUUUACCGGAAUACCUGCAAUGGUGGAUUUUGCUGCUAUGAGGGAGGCAGUGAAAAGUCUUGGAGGUGAUCCUAAGAAAGUCCACCCUGCCUGUCCAACAGAUCUCACAGUUGACCAUUCUUUACAGAUCGACUUCAGUAAAUGUGCAAUACAGAAUGCACCAAAUCCUGGAGGUGGUGACCUGCAGAAAGCAGGAAAGCUCUCCCCACUUAAAGUGCAGCCUAAGAAGCUUCCAUGCCGAGGCCAGACUACCUGCCGAGGAUCAUGUGAUUCUGGAGAACUAAGCCGAAACUCAGGAACAUUUUCUUCACAGAUUGAGAAUACGCCCAUCCUAUGUCCUUUUCAUUUGCAACCAGUGCCUGAACCUGAGACAGUGUUAAAAAAUCAAGAAGUGGAAUUCGGCAGAAAUCGAGAGAGGCUUCAGUUUUUUAAGUGGAGUUCAGGAGCUUUUAAGAAUGUGGCAGUCAUCCCUCCUGGAACUGGAAUGGCUCAUCAAGUGAACUUAGAAUAUUUAUCAAGAGUAGUUUUUGAAGAAAAGGACCUGCUCUUCCCAGACAGUGUAGUUGGCACAGACUCUCAUAUAACCAUGGUGAAUGGAUUGGGGAUUCUUGGGUGGGGAGUUGGAGGCAUUGAAACAGAAGCAGUUAUGCUGGGCCUACCAGUUACUCUUCCUUUACCAGAAGUGGUUGGAUGUGAACUAACUGGGUCGUCCAAUGCUUUCGUUACGUCCAUAGAUAUUGUCCUCGGCAUUACAAAGCACCUCAGGCAGGUAGGAGUGGCUGGAAAGUUUGUUGAGUUUUUUGGAAGUGGAGUUUCACAAUUGUCUAUUGUUGAUCGAACUACCAUAGCAAACAUGUGUCCAGAAUAUGGUGCUAUCCUCAGCUUUUUCCCUGUUGACAAUGUGACACUACGACAUUUAGAACAUACAGGUUUUGACAAAACCAAACUUGAGUCAAUGGAAAAAUACCUUAAAGCUGUGAAAUUGUUUCGGAAUGAUGAGAAUUCUUCAGAACCUGAAUAUUCUCAGGUGAUACAGAUUAAUUUGAAUUCAAUAGUUGCAUCCGUCAGUGGUCCAAAAAGGCCUCAGGAUAGAGUUGCUAUAACAGAUAUGAAAAGUGAUUUUCAGGCUUGCUUAAAUGAAAAGGUUGGAUUUAAAGGUUUUCAAGUUGCAGCAGAAAAACAAAGUGAUACUGUCUCUAUUCAUUACGAUGGAAGUGAGUAUAAGCUGUCCCAUGGAUCUGUGGUCAUUGCUGCGGUUAUCAGUUGUACCAAUAAUUGCAAUCCAUCUGUCAUGCUUGCUGCAGGUCUUUUGGCUAAGAAGGCUGUAGAAACUGGUUUGCGAGUUAAACCUUAUAUAAGAACAAGUUUAUCUCCAGGCAGUGGGAUGGUUACACAUUACCUCAGUUCAAGUGGAGUGUUACCCUAUCUUAGCAAGCUAGGAUUUGAAAUAGUUGGCUAUGGAUGUUCAACAUGUGUGGGAAAUACAGCACCUUUAUCAGAAGCCGUUUUAAAUGCAGUAAAACAGGGUGAUUUGGUUACCUGUGGAGUUUUAUCUGGAAACAAAAAUUUUGAAGGUCGACUUUGUGAUUGUGUCCGUGCCAAUUACCUUGCCUCUCCACCCUUAGUGGUGGCUUAUGCCAUAGCAGGCACCGUGAAUAUAGAUUUCCAGACAGAGCCUUUAGGUACUGACUCUACGGGCAAGGAAAUUUACCUGCAUGACAUUUGGCCUAGUCGAGAAGAAGUUCAUCAGAUAGAAGAAGAACACGUUGUAUUGUCCAUGUUUAAAGCUUUGAAAGAGAAGGUAGAGAUGGGAAAUAAACGGUGGAAUUCCUUAGAAGCCCCCGAGUCAGUGCUCUUUCCGUGGGACAUAAAGUCUACUUAUAUCAGAUGCCCUUCGUUUUUUGAUAAGCUUACCAAAGAGCCAGCUGUCCUCCAGCCUAUCGACAAGGCCCAUGUCUUACUGUAUUUGGGAGACUCGGUCACUACAGACCACAUAUCACCUGCUGGAAGUAUUGCUAGGAGCAGUGCUGCCGCUAAGUAUCUGACAAACAGAGGCCUUACUCCUCGGGAGUUCAACUCUUACGGAGCCCGAAGAGGUAACGAUGCUGUGAUGACAAGAGGCACGUUUGCAAACAUCAAGCUUUUUAAUAAGUUUAUUGGGAAGCCAGCUCCCAAAACAGUUCACUUUCCAUCAGGACAGACGCUCGAUGUAUUUGAAGCUGCAGAACUGUACCAGAAAGAAGGUAUCCCACUGAUCAUUUUAGCAGGGAAAAAAUAUGGUUCAGGAAAUUCAAGAGACUGGGCUGCCAAAGGACCCUAUUUGCUGGGUGUAAAGGCUGUUUUGGCUGAAAGUUAUGAAAAAAUACACAAAGAUCAUUUGAUUGGAAUUGGCAUAGCUCCGCUUGAGUUCCUCCCAGGAGAAAAUGCAGACUCCUUGGGCCUCUCUGGUAGAGAAGUAUUUUCUUUAUCAUUUCCUGAAGAACUGUCUCCUGGAAUUACAUUAAAUAUGAAGACAAGCACUGGAAAAGAAUUCAGCGUGAUUGCAUCAUUUGAAAAUGAUGUGGAGAUAACUUUGUACAAACAUGGAGGCUUAUUAAACUUUGUGGCUCGAAAAUUCUCAUAGUAUCUACUCACCAUGGUAUCUUUCAUGACUGGUAACGGCAAAGCCUUUUGUGCUGGACCCAGGAACCUUUGCCAUGGAGCUGCAGAUAAUUCCAGUACACUUGUUAAUCUCAUCCAUGGAUGUAAAUGAUUAUGAAUCAAUGUUGUGACUGAAAUGAAAUCUUGAUUUUAAAUAAUAUACGAAUGGUGCUAUUAACAUUGCUAAAAUCAACGUGUGAAGUGUGUUGUGGAAGAGACCUGUAAGUAUGGGGGUUAUAUUUUAUCAGAACAUUUUGUAAAUAAAGACAGAAUUUGAAUUUG